AUGUAACAACAAGUUGAACAAUUCCGUAAUUAGUCUCUUUAAUCGACUUUUGAAGCGAGUAAACCUAAAAGACCUUAUCAAAAAAUUUCUCAAGAAACACGAUCUCAAAUUCUUCAUGCCUUGACCAUAGAAAAGUUGUCUUUAUGUAAUGUAAAUAAAUAUUUCUAUAAGAAUAGGUGGCUGAAAUGUUUAAAACUAAGGCCUGCACUUGUAAAUCAAUUUUACAAACUUAUGAACAAGAAGGUAGAAGAGAGAAGAAGACAAGUAGAAGAGAAAGAGUAGAAAUAGAUUCACACCUUAAAAUAAUUGUUAUAGACCCUUUAGGACGAUCAAACUAAGAAUACAUUAAUAUUAAACAUUCUAAAGUAUAUAAAAUAAACUUAUUAAAAUAUUUUAGAUGUACACCGAAGAAAAAGAUCUAAGUAGAAAGGAAGAAAAAUAACUUAAAAGAAGAUUGUAAUAAGAAAUCUUAAGUUAAUUGGAAGAACUAUAAACAGGAUGUUAUAAUGUUUAAUAGACAAUAUCUAAAGAGAAUAAUCCUGAUGAAAAAGCUCCUGAAAAUAUUGCUCGAGGGGUCAAUAUGAGUUUAUAAUUAAUUUAAUAGAAGUUAAAAAUGGAUGGAGUUAGUCUGAGUAAGUAGGAAACAAAAAAGUUAAAGGAACUAAAAAAAAAUUAGUAAUAAACUAAAUUGGAAGAUUUGGUAAAAGUUGAAGAAGGAAAGAGCAAUUAGAAUUCUUAUAUUUAGUAAGAGAAAAAAUUUGAUAUCCCAAAAUCAAAUGCUAUAUAUGAAUUAGGAUAGAAUUAUAGUAAUAUUAAGCAAUUUAUAGAGAGUGUUAAUUAAAAAUCAUAACUAAAUCCAUAAAUUAUUGAUAAAUUAAACUACUUAACAAAUGAAACUAUUUUCUAAAUGAGUCUGAAAUAAAGAUUGUCAGAUAAAGACUUUUAAGUAUAGAUUUUAAAACACAAUGUUUCUAGAUAUUUAAAAUAAUUUUUUUUAAAUAAUUGA